AUGUCUAUUUUUAAGCUAUCUAAUUUAUUAUUAUCAAAAAUCAUUUUAUCUAUUGAUGAUAAUGGAGAUAUAAUAUGUUUAUUGUUAACUUGUAAACGGUUGUACAGUCAAAAUAAUAGUAGUGUUAGAAGAUCGAUUCAAUUUAAAGGUAUCAAACCGAUCAAAGACAAUGGGCAGCAAUCACUACGGUUUAGAGUAACAUUCAAUCAAUUCAAACUACUGUCAUUUAAUGAUAUAUUGGAGAAUAGUGUAUCAGAUCAAUAUGUUAUAUUACCUGAUGUAUACUAUCUCAGCGAGUAUCCAAAAUGUAUACAAGACCGUAUCUCUGCAAACAGAGACAAUAUAAAAGGGAUUUCAACUGCUUUGGUUAAUCAUGACAGAUCAAUUGUAUCAGCAAAGAAACUUUGUGACAAGACAUGGGCGACUCUCUACAAAAUGUCAUCUAUAGAGACACUAUUCAUCAAUCACCAAGACGUGCUGGAUCUUGGUUCAAUCUCGCUCUUGCCCAAUCUACAAAGACUUUCAAUGAAUGCAACAAAGUUGAAUCUCGGUCCUCACCCUUUUCUCAAGUAUCUGACAUUAGACAUCGCCACUCUAUGCCCUCUUGGUGACUUGGGAUUGGAUAAAUUCGUAUCGCUGACUGAUCUAUCCUUUAAGAAUUAUUUUGUGACGGAUGUAUCGGGUCUAUUAUUACCAAGCAAUCUGACAUCACUCACACUCAGACUACAAGAGAUACCUCCACCAAAUGCAUUCCUUUCAUUGACAUCACUCGUAAAACUAAAGAUCUACCUCAGAUGGCAGCCAACAAUAGAACAACGAUGUUGCAUUGAUCUCCAAAGUUUAUGCAACCUAAGGUCAUUCAUGUUUUGUGAAGUUUCCAACCCAACAGAGUACAAUGAAAACUUUCCCGAGAUUAUAGUCUCUCCUUCAAUCAAGAUACUUCAUCUCUCGUCCGAUUACGUACAAAUCCCAUCUCAGUGCAGAUUACCACUGUUGGAGAAAUUAAAUGUAAAUCACAGGCUGUUGGCCGAUGAAAAAGUCAGUACUAUACUAUUGUCAUCACCUAAGAUAAAGGAACUAGUUAUUAGUAGCCAUUGUUUAGAACCUAUUCAAGCCAAUAUCAUCCCACCCACCAUCGAAAAGCUAACAAUACUUAAAUACACAAAGAGAAUUAUUCUUGACCAAGUUGUAUUACCACCAUCUCUUACUGAUCUAACCAUAUUGGGACCCUACGAACCAAUCAAACUACCCAAAUCACUCAUCAAACUAAGACAGGAACUACAGCAAACAUUCGACCAAGAUGCUUUGGUCUCACUUUCUCAACAUGUUGAUUUGAAAGAACUGGUUUUGAUAUCAGAAAAAGAUAAAAUAGUUGUUCUACCAUCACCCUAUCCACCCAAUCUUGAAACACUCAACCUUGUUGAAAUCUUUGGCGACCAUACUAUUCAAGUACCACUAACCAUCAAGUAUCUUUCUAUACGUUUAAAACGAACCCCAAACACUUUUAUCUAUUCAAUCAGUUCUCGGAUCACUGACCCCAUCAUCUCGCAGCAAUGGCUACCAAUGAAUACUACUCAUUUAACAUGCACAUUCACCCAUCACUUGAGGAUUUCAUUUAGAUUGGAUCAAGUAAUCAAUCAUACCAGCGUUACAAAUUUAUAUCUAAUUCCUUCUGAUCAAUAUAUAACUUUUCAUUUUACAAUUCAAAGAUUGGACAGUGAUAAUAAGAAUGUAUUGUCAACAACAACAACAAUAUGA